UGUUUUAUAAUACAUUUCAGGUAGCAAAUGCUGUUGCAGUAGCUAGGUAUCUUGGUGCCACUCUUGUACUACCUGAUGUUAGAGGAGCAAAAUUAGGAGAUAAAAGGUAGAAAUUGAUCAAUAAUAUAAUCGUAGUAAUUUUUUUUUAUUAUUUUUUUCAUUUAUUUUGAAUAUAUUUUUUCAGGAAUUUCAAAGAACUUUACGACGUCGAAAAGUUCACGAAAACCCUAACCGGAGUUGUCCGCGUCGAGAAAACCCCACCUAAAGAAAUAUCGAAAGAGAGGCUCCCGAUUAUCAAAGUCCCCUACAUGGUUUCUGAGGAAUACGUGGCUUCAAAUAUAAAGCCAAUUUUCAAGAACGAAACACGAAACUUGAAAAUCGUCACUUACUUCAAUAACAACUCCUCCCCUUACGAUAAAAUAAUCAACCGUGAAUCCGAUUAUCAGUGCCUUGCAAUGUACGAAAGCCUCAAACCGCAAAAGGAGUUGCAAGAAUUAAUCGAUUCUAUGGUCGGGACAUUGCGGAGCAUGAGCAAGAAAACGAACGGGCGGUUUGUUUCUGUUGACUUACGUGCCGAAAUGUUUACCGAAACGAGCUGUAAAUUAUUAGGGAGUAGUGGUGGUCAUAAUAAAAGGUGGUGCUACAACGGUGAAAGAAUCGGGGAGUUUUUGAAGAAGAUCGGUUUUCAUGAGGACACGACCGUAUAUUUGACUCAGACGGGAUGGGAUACGAGUCUCAAUGCAUUGAGGGAUGUUUUUCCCAACACUUUUACCAAGGAUGCAAUAAUGCCGGCAGACGAAAAGGCGAAGUUUACGGACGCGGAAAGUAGAAAAACGAUCGAUUUCUACGUGUGUGCACAAGGAGAUGUGUUUGUUCCGGCUUAUCCGAGCAGAUUCUACGAAGCGGUUGUGGGAGAAAGAAUCGGGCUCGGGAAAACGCAGAUAUUCAUUCCUGCCGAGAAAGAUUCCAAUUCCGAUUCCGCAACCGAUUACGUUUCUCCGUACGUAGCCAACAGAAGCCACUUUGCACAUUCUUGCUUCUGUUAAAAGGAAAAGUAAAUAAUGGAAAUUAUAUAUAUCAACUGUAAAAAAUGUUUGCUUGUUGUUCUGUAGUUGCUCUUGAAAGUAUAAAUAUGUGGUAUAUAGUAAAUAAAAUGCUCGACAAGCAUGCAGCUUUGUUGCUCACGUGUCAAAUGUUUGUUUAUAUAUCUUUCCAUCAAAUAAUUACUGUUUGGGAAAAAAAAUUC